AAUAAAAGAUUGCCCUAUAAAAACCCUUUGUUCGUGACCAAAUCUCUUCUAAUACAUCAAAGUUGUGAUUCGUAAGUAAUGCUCUUCUCUUUAAUAAUCUCUUCCUUUGUAUUUUGUGCUAUUCACCUACAUAUUCUCUCUUCUGGAACUUUUUAUGACUUCAUUAGUUGUUUAAUUGAUUAGCUUCCGUCAGCGAUUGCCCUAAUUUUAUUUACUUGAGCUUUACGGAAGCUAGGGUUUAUCUAGGGCUUAGGAUUGCUUUAUAUUUAAAACGCUUUGAUUGUUUACUUCUGCAGUUUCGGUUAAAAAAAAAAGAAGGAAUGAGUUCGAUGAUAUUCUCCACAGUCCGUGGAAUAGGAUCGUUCUUAAAAUCCAAAACUUACGAUCAACCAAUAGAUGUAGCCGCCAAGGGCGACACAAAGGUAUUAUCAGUGUCCUGGAACCAGGACUGGAGCGGUUUCAGUGUCGGAACAGAACGUGGCUUCAAUGUAUACAGCUGCAACCCAAUCAAAGAAAGCAUCAGCCGCGAAACACACAAAUCCGGCUUCAAAAUCGUGGAGAUGCUCUUCCUCUCAAAUCUCUUCGCUCUUGUCGGCAACGGUUACAGCAACUCGGAGUAUCCUCCUAACAAAGUCUUCAUCUGGAAUGAUCAUACGAACAGCUGUUUCUGCGAGCUCGGUUUUAAAUCACAAGUUGUGGCGGUGAAACUGAGGAGAAAACACAUUGUGGUUGUCCUAGAAAGAAGUGUCUAUGUCUACAAUUUCACUAACCUCAAGGUUCAGUCUAUUAUCGAAACCGUUGAGAAUCCAAGAGGGCUCUGUUGCGUCUCUCAAGCUGAGGCGAAAGCAGUCAUGGCUUGCCCCGGGUUGCACCCGGGGCAAGUCCAGGUCCGUGACUUGAAAAGGAAUAUAGUCAAAGUCAUCAAAGCUCAUGAUUCUGAUAUUGCUUGCAUGAGUUUGACUCUUGAUGGAAGUUUGCUAGCUACUGCUAGCACCAAAGGAACACUGAUCAGGAUCUUUAACUCCCUUGAUGGUACUCUCUUACAAGAGUUUCGGAGAGGGAUGGAGAGAGCAGAGAUCUAUAGCGUUGCAAUCUCUUCUAAUAUGAAAUGGGUGGCUGCGUCAAGUGAGAAAGGGACUCUCCAUGUGUUUCAUCUGAGACCUGACAUUCUUAGUUCACCAAAAGACAUCGAUCACGCUUCAUCAUUGUCGUUAAUAAGAGGGAUAUUGCCAAUGUAUUCUUAUGGCAAUGAACGGUCGUUUGCUCAAUUCUCGUUACCGGUUUCCACCAAGUUCAUUGUAGGUUUUGGACCAGAGAACACAGUUCUACUUGUAGGCAUGGAUGGAAGUUUCCGAAGAUGCAGGUUUGAUGGAGAAGGAGGGCAGAUGGUGGAGAUGGAACACAAACACUUCUUCUCAUUAACACAAACAGAGGAGGCAGUGGUUGUGAUAUGACCAACACAACACAUUUGUAUUCUUGUCUUCUUUUUUUACUUCUAAAUUUUGUGAUUUUGAUCUUACGAAUUAUAAAUGUUUUUGCUUAGAAAUAGACUGUACUAUAUAGCCUUAGACGAGAGCAAGUUGAAGUUAUCAACUUACCAUGUUGGUUACAGUCA